AUGGCCAUUCGAGGAGGGCAGAGUGAAGUUGAGAAGUUGUCGUGACCUCUGUCAUUUGCAUUAUUUUUUUAAAUAGUACUUCUCUCUGUGACACAACAACGAAAGCAAACAUAAUUACAGCUUGUUGUCCUUUCACCUUUGUUAUUUUGAUUGGAUUAAUAAAGGCUGAAAGCCAGCAAGCAAGCAUUCCAUUUCCCCAUUUUUUUGCCUAUUUAGACAAACAUCCAGUUUCAGCAGUAUUUUUGUUCUUCUCUUCUCUCUCUCUCUCUCUCUCUCUCUCUCUCAGGAAUGGGGUCGUUUGUUUUCUUCUUGUAGCACCACAAACAUUAACAAAGGAGGGAGCUUCCUUAAAGCUGAAGCUUGUUAGAUUGAAAUGGGUUUGAACAGACCUCAAAAACCCAGCAAUGGAGUCUCCACCAGAUGGGUUUCUAUCUUCUGCAUUGCCAGCUUCUUCUUGGGGGUUCUUGUUGUCAACAGGAAUUAGCAGCAGUGUAUAAACCUGUGAAGUACAGUUUAUUUUCGAAGUAAGGGGCAAAAUGUUUACUCUUCCACAGAUGGAAUGAGAUUGUGCUUCUAAUUAGAUGAAAUGGAAUACAGCUUUGUCCAUAGUUUGUUUCUAGCACAUCAUCAGGAUUCUGAAUAUUGAGAGCAUUCAUCAUUGAACAACACAGGUUUUGGGCUAUUGAUCCAGUCAAAAUGGAUGAGGAAGCUUCAUUUGUAAAGGAACGUCAAUUAAAAAGGUCUCAUAUUGGAGUUGAUUGUGAAAAGAAGGCAAGUCAUGUUAUUAAAAUAUUGUUUUCAUAAUUUCCAUUUUCUGCAAUAGGACAUGUUGAUUAUAUUGUUUACAGUAUUACAGGUCCGGGCAGGGGACAUCCUUUCUCAAGUUUCACAAACUCAUGAUGUAAUCAUGACACUAGACAAAACAAUCUCCUCAUUGGAAAUGCAGCUGGCUGCUGCAAGAGCUGUCAAAGCUGACAGUGAGGAAGGAUCUCCGAUGGUCACGAAAUCUGGAACCGAACAUUUGAUGGAGCGACAGAAAGUUUUCUUUGUUAUGGGAAUAAUUACAGCAUUCAGCAGCAGAAAACGAAGGGACUCAAUUAGAGAAACUUGGAUGCCCAAAGGAGAGGAGUUAAAGAAGUUGGAAACAGAGAAGGGUGUCAUCUUACGAUUUGUAAUAGGACACAGUGCAUCAACAGGUGGUGUUUUGGAUCGUGCUAUUGAUGCAGAAGAAGAGCAGCAUAAGGAUUUCUUGCGGCUGAAUCACAUUGAAGGAUAUCAUGAAUUGUCAUCGAAAACACAAAUAUACUUUUCAACUGCUGUUGCUAGGUGGGAUGCUGACUUCUAUAUCAAAGUCGAUGAUGACAUACACGUAAAUCUUGGUAUGAUUGGCUCUACAUUGGCUCGCCAUAGAUCAAAACCCCGUGUUUAUAUCGGUUGUAUGAAAUCUGGACCAGUUCUAUCACAGAAAGGUGUCAAGUACCAUGAACCAGAAUAUUGGAAAUUUGGUGAGGAGGGAAACAAAUAUUUUAGGCAUGCAACAGGGCAAAUAUAUGCAAUUUCCAAAGAUUUGGCAACCUACAUUUCAGUAAAUCGGCACAUACUUCAUAGAUAUGCAAAUGAAGAUGUUUCGCUAGGAUCUUGGUUUAUUGGGCUUGAUAUUGAGCACAUUGACGAUCGAAGCCUCUGCUGUGGAACUCUACCUGACUGCGAGUGGAAGACUCAAGCGGGGAAUCCUUGUGCUGCAUCAUUUGAUUGGACCUGCAGUGGCAUUUGCAAGUCAGUGGAGAGAAUGGAGGAAGUACAUCAGCGGUGUGGGGAAGGUGAUGGAGCAAUCUGGCAUACAAGUUUCUGAAACUUUUCAUUCAAAGGUGGUUGUAAUAUAGCUGUGUGUGUGUGAUCAAGGCUGUGGUCCAGACAAACACCAUCUGCUCGAUUUUUGCUAUUUGAUGCCUCGGACAGUUGGUGCGUGAUUAAAUUAAUUACUCACAUACAGAUUGUCAAGCCAGGAAAAGAAAAUAGUGAAAAUCUUUUAGUUACAAAUAGUUGAGUUCUUUGUUGAUAAUCUAAACAGUCGCUUGACGGCCAGCUUGUGGAACGUAACAAGUCACUUGCGGCUAUACAGAAACUAUUUUUCCCCUAA